AUGCAAGAAGUUGAAGUUGCUCCUAGAGAUGUUUUCAUUCACUAUGUUAACGUUCCAAAAGGACAAACAAUAUUAUGGUGGUUUUCCACAAAGAAGAAAAACAUUUCGUUUGGCUUAUAUCAAAGGAAAGGGCCAGCUGUUUCGGCGAGAAAUGUUUUUGUCGCUGCAACUACAACCUCAAAUGCAGAAGUUCGCAAUCCUUUGGAAGGCGGAUCCGCUUCUUCAAGGCAAAAUUUACCUCCCACCCCAUCAACAGCUAAAUCUGUAGCCAGUAGAACAAGUGUACACAGCGUAAGAAGUAGAACCUCUAUUGACACAAAUGAUGCCGACGAUAAUGAAGAAAUACCGGGAGGAAACAAUGCAGAAUUAGACACUACACUGCAUGACCCUGUUUCCUCGCUUCAACCUACUAGUCCCGUUUCUAAUCGCGGACGCAAAAAGUCAGUGUCUGCUCAAAUUAUUAAAGAUCCUGAUUUAAAAGAAAUCUUACCAAUUGAACAUUAUAAUUCAGCAUCUACUACCAUUAAAGGUAGUUAUAUAGUACAGGAAGAAGGAACUUAUUGUUUGUGUUUCGGGGUAGAGGACCAGCAAAAAGAAUCUCAGCCGGAAAUUGGCGGAUGGAUGUUGAAAAAAAAGAGGAAAAAGAUGCAAGGUUGGGCAAAACGUUGGGUACAGAUAGACAAUGGCGUUUUAUCACAUUAUGUACAUCCUCACGGACCUUGUCGUGGAACGAUACAUAUCGCACUUUCGGCAGUAUCUUCUAGUGCAAAUUUUCUCUCAAUUAAUUUAGAUUCUGGAACUUCUACUUAUCAUUUGAAAGCACUUACUAACGAUGAUUUUGAUAGGUGGAUGAUAGUUAUUCGCAAAUACGUGAAUAUAUCUAAAGAUCUUCAACUUAAUGAUCCAGCAUAUCCAAAAAUGACCUCACCUCGACAAUCUAUGGAUUUUGAAAGAAGACAAAGCAUAUAUCUCAAACGUCAAAGCUUAUUAGAAAAACGAAAUAGUCUUCAUAGGGAUACACAAGGUUUUUUAAGAAUGAACAAUAAAAUGGACGAAGAUCUCGGAAAAUUAUACGGCGCAUUUAAUAGUAUGGAUGAUAAUUUUAGAUCUAUAAAAGAGUUAUUGGAUCAUUUGAAAAUUUCCGUUGAGAGUCCAUCUUCUCCAGUAAUUACUCGUAGUCCAGGUGUUGAGGGAAAAUUUCGGUUAAAGAAAUUUCCCAUUACACGACAACGAGGACCAACUCCACUCGAUCAACCAACAUUACAAGCUCCUACAACUCCAACACAAAUGGCAAUGGAACAAAUUUAUGAAAGGUUAAAUACAACAUUUUCAACUUUGAAGACGAAUAAGGAGCAAGCAUUUGAAUUAUUACGAGCCGAAAUUGAAAAAUGGAAACAACUAGAUCAUGCAUAUCGUAAACUUGCAGCUGAACAAGCCGAAUUACGAAAAACCUUAUCUGAUGAAAAAUUGGCAGAUGUACCUGAACAAACGCAACAAGAAGUAUCUAAUUUGGAAGAAAGAAGAGAAGCAAGAAUUAAUCGAGCAGACUCAGUUUGUUCAUUUAAUACAGUUUCAGCCGAACUAUUUUUUGAUGCCGAGGAUAUUGAAUUGAAAGAUACAACAGAUAGUGAUAAUGAGAUUAUCGAUGAAGAAACAGAGGAAACAGAGGAAACGGAGGAUGAGGCAGGUACAACUACAGAAGAGAUUAUUGAAGAAAAACCUAUUGUGAAUGACGUUGACGAUAACAAAAUUGCUGAUAAAAAACCAAUUACAAUUCGAAGGAGAAAAUGUUUACCAUCUCCAGUUUGUGGUGAAGAUGUCAGUCUUUUAUCUAUUCUUCGGAAGAAUGUUGGAAAAGAUUUAUCGACAAUUGUUAUGCCUAUAUCUCUUAAUGAACCCCUUAAUGCCUUGCAAAGGAUGGCGGAAGAGUUGGAAUAUAGUCAUUUAUUAGAUAAGGCAGCUACCAUCGAUGAUUCUAUAUCCAGGUUGAUCUAUGUAUCGGCAUUUGCGGUUUCAGGAUAUGCAUUUACUCAAUACCGGGCACUUCGAAAACCUUUCAAUCCCCUUCAUGGGGAAACUUUUGAGUAUGUUCGAUCAGAUAAGGGGUUUAAGUUUAUUUCUGAAAAAGUUAGCCAUUAUCCACCUAUAAUGGCUUGUCAUGCGGAAUCAGAAAACUGGCAAUUUUGGCAAGAAUCAAAAGCCAAAACAAAAUUUUGGGGUAAAUCAAUGGAAAUAAUUCCAUCAGGUACGACACAUGUUACCAUUCCAAAAUAUAACGAUCAUUACACAUUUUCCAAGACUACAACAUGGAUGCGUAACAUGAUAUCCGGUACAAAAUAUUUGGAACAUACUGGAGUGAUGAAGAUUAAAAACCAAACAACAGGGGAAGCAUGUGAAGUAACAUUUGUUCAAAGUGGAUUAUGGAGUAACGGACCGAAAAGUGAGAUUGUAGGAGUAUUACACAAUGCCAAAGGAGGUAAAUGUGGUAAGAUAGUAGGAAGAUGGACUGAAAUAAUAUUUCAUGAGAUAGGACCGAAUCAAUUAGAAGUUAUUUGGAAAGCAAAUUCUCCAAUACCAGAUCAUGAGCAAUAUUAUGGAUUUUCACAAUUCGCGGUUGAAUUAAAUGAAUUAACGCCAGACUUAGUCAACGUAUUACCGAGAACAGACACAAGGUUUAGACCUGAUCAGAGAUUAUUUGAAGAAGGCAAUUUAGAAAGGGCUGAAGCCGAAAAACUUCGUGUUGAACAAAAGCAACGGGAUUUUCGUAAAUUUUUAGAACAACAAAGCAAAACUUGGGAACCACAGUGGUUUAAAUUUGAGAAUGGUGAAUGGGUUUAUAAAGGUGGUUAUUGGGAAGCAAGGGAGAGCAAGUCCUUUGAUGAUAAGAUUGAGUUAUGGUAG